AUGCGGAACAUGCAUGAUGCCGAGUUCAGCUUGGAAGACCUGAAUGGAACCUGGAUUUGUCCAAAAGGAGUGCUGCACACGAUACAGGGAGGCAUGCUCUUCCUUGCUGAGGGGAGUUCCGAAAAUUUCCCCGAAACCUUACAGUUUCGAGCCGAUCGCACAGACAGGCAUGGGCCGAAUCAUUUCUCGGUGGGUCGCAGGCGGCGUAAGGGCACCCACCCAUCCACUCUGCGUCGGUGCAUUCUUCGGUCCAGCUGCAGCUUGCAGUGGACAAGCCCCGAUAUGCAGGAGACGUGGCAGCGCUUUGUGCCGUGCAUCGCGCGCUGCGAGAAAAUAUUGCUCGUGGGACCUGAUGGCACUGAUGGCACCGAGGUGCCUGUUCAUGUGACCAAGGCCACAAAUGCCAAGCAGCUGUGCACAGCGGCCAUGGUUCCUUUCUAUGGGCAGCUCGGGGUUUAUUGCUCAGAUGAGAUAGCUUUGACAGAAGUUGCAACAGGAAAGGUGCUGACGGAUUGCUGUGACCUUUCCAAAUCCGGGGAUGUCCAAGAGCCUGUCAAAUUGCGUGUGUCGACUUGCCUGGCCAACUUGAUCUCCUUUGCCGGAGUGCGGCUCGUUUACCAAGAUGGCAGCGAGUGCAAAGCUGACUUGAGUCGCGCUUAUCGGGUAGCCCACGUGUUCGAGAAAGUGGCAGAACACACCUCAAGGCCCCUUGAUUUCGUCACGCUCUUCCAGAUUGGCAGUGGCGGAAAGUCUGAACCACUUUGGAAUAAUCACAUCUGGAGGGCGCGACAAGACCACAAAGUUGUACUGGAGGUGCACUUGCGUGAAACUGUAGCAGAGCUUUGGUCCUCAAGGAGGCUCACCCUCAUGCGCGAUGGCCAGGACUGGCACAUAGACCUGUCGAGUACAUGGGACAUUGGGCAGCUGCGAGAAUUAGCCGCAAGCUUGACAAAGCGCCCACCCCGCUUUGUACGCUUCACUGCGGAUGGCAAGGAAUUGAGAACCUGGGACCCUAAUCCUGGAGAGAGCAUACUGCUCAACGUGCAGCUAUGCCCAACGGUUACCGAACUAUGCCAAACCGGCGUCAAGAUAGUCAGCUCUUUGACUGGCGACGAGAUUCCCAUAGCCGCAGAGGAAGCUACGGGCCUGCAGUCUAUCCAAGACCUGCGUGAGCACAUCGCUCGGCGCCACAGCAUGCGCCCCACGGGUGUGAUGCUUCUUGCCAAUGCCCAGCCGUUAUGGGACGCCCAAAUCUUUGACCUGAGCAUGUUGGGUGCUGGGGACUCCAUAGGAGUUUGCCUUCGCAAUCCCAAGCUUUGCGAGGAGGGCCAGCAUGACAACGUGGUGUUUUGCAGCAACGGUCAUAGUGAUACGGUGUGUGUCCACUGUGGUCCGCUGAGCUUGAUGAGCAGGCACUACAUACCUGAACCACCCAGGACAUCUGGUCAAACUCAGUGGUUUCAUUUUUGA